GUUUUAAUCUGAAUUCUUAUGCUUGGUUAUUUUUUAAAACAUAAUAAAGAUUUGCAAUUGUGUGUGCUGUGUAAGAGUUUUAUAGUAUCAAGGGAAGCAGUUUUCGUUGCUUAAUCCAAGGACACUUCCAAACAUGGGGGUCCCCAAAUUUUUUCGUUAUAUCAGCGAGCGCUAUCCAUGUCUUAGCGAAAUGGCGCGCGAGCACAAUAUUCCAGAAUUCGACAACCUGUAUUUGGAUGUUAACGGCAUUGUUCACAAUUGCUCUCAUCCAGACGAUACUAAUAUACACUUUCACCUGGAGGAGGCGCAGAUCUUCCAAGAAAUAUUCAAUUAUGUAGACAAAUUAUUCUAUUUAAUUAAACCACAAAAACUGUUUUUUAUGGCCGUCGACGGCGUGGCACCUCGCGCAAAGAUGAAUCAGCAACGCAGUCGACGAUUUCGAUCAGCGCGCGAGGCUGAGCAGUUGGAAACAAAGGCGUUACAGCGUGGAGAACGCCGCGAGCACGAACGUUUUGACAGCAAUUGCAUUACACCUGGUACGGAGUUCAUGGAGCGCUUACAAUUGGCACUGCGUUGUUUUCUGCGUACGAAAAUUUCUACAGAUCCGCUAUGGCAAAAGUGCCGCGUCAUACUUAGUGGCCAAGAGACACCUGGAGAGGGUGAGCAUAAGAUAAUGGACUACAUACGCUACUUAAAGACGCAGCCAGAUUUUGAUCCCAACACACGUCAUUGCUUAUACGGCCUAGAUGCUGAUCUUAUUAUCUUGGGUUUGUGCACGCAUGAGUUGCAUUUUGUUGUACUGCGCGAGGAAGUCAAAUUUGGACGCAAUGUAAAACGCACUUCUGUGGAGGAAACACGGUUUUUUUUGUUGCACUUGGGCCUACUACGAGAAUACUUAGAGUUGGAGUUUCACCAGCUCUCUACAGCAGAAAAGAAACUCGAUGUGGCACAACUUAUUGAUGAUUGGAUCUUAAUGGGCUUCAUGGUUGGAAAUGAUUUCAUACCACAUUUGCCAUGUUUGCAUAUUUCGUCGAAUGCGCUGCCGUUACUAUAUAAAACCUACAUACGCAUAUAUCCAAAGCUAGGCGGUAAUAUUAAUGAGCAUGGUAAAUUGAAUUUGGAGCGACUACAGCUGUUCAUGCUUGCAUUAAGUGAGGUGGAGUUGCAACAGUUCGAAGAGCAUUCCGACGACUUAAAGUACAUGCUUGCUAAAACAGAAGCAUUCGAUGUGGAUGUAAGUGAGAUGAAUAACGAUAUGUUUGACGAUGACCUGACUGCACUUAUUGACAGCAGCAUGAAGCUCUACAAUAGCGAUAGCCUAGAAAACCUAGACGAAGAAGCCAGUAUAAAGCACGAUUUUCUUAAUUACAAACGUAAUUACUAUUGCACUAAAUUUAAAACUGAGAUGAACGAUGAGUUCCUAUUCGACCUUAGUCAACAUUACGUGACUGCCCUGCAAUGGAUAUUACACUAUUACUAUCGAGGCGUACAAUCCUGGGAUUGGUAUUAUCCCUUCCACUAUGCGCCUUUCGUAAGCGAUCUGAAAAACAUAACACAAAUGCGCAUACAAUUUGAGCUAGGGACACCAUUUUUGCCGUUUCAACAGUUACUGGCUGUACUGCCUGCUGCCAGUUCAAAACUGCUUCCUACCGUUUAUCACGACCUGAUGCUAAAGACUGACAGCCCUUUAGCUGAAUUUUUCCCCACAAACUUUGAAAGCGAUCUCAACGGAAAGAAAAACGAUUGGGAAGCUGUAGUACUCAUCCCAUUUAUCGACGCAAAACUGUUGCUUAGUGCGAUGCUGCCCUGUGACAGACAACUUAGCGUUGAAGAGUAUAACAGAAAUAAACAUGGACCCAUGUAUCAAUAUGACUAUUGUGCCGAGUCUCAAGGUCAACUGGUGGCAUCGCCACCGCUCAAGUCAUUACAGCAUGUUUACUGUACCGAGCGGGCCCAGUGGGCGUGCGAGAUCGCGAUUAAACUACCACACAGCGUAUUCGUGGAAUUACCCAAUGCUGCACGUCACGUUUUCUUCCCGGGGUUUCCCACCAUGAAGAACCUGCCCUUUGAUUUCGAAUUGCGUCACGCUAGGAUUAAGGUUUUUGUGCAGCCAAGUCGCAAUGAGAAUCUAAUACUCAUGCCCAAGAAGCGAGACCUGCUGGACAGCUUUAAUUCUGUAGCCGAUCUAUAUUUGCAAAAGAUCGUCUACGUUGGAUGGCCGCAUUUGAUCAAGGCUAUGGUGGUCAAGGUGGCAACGCGUGAUCAAAUUGUGGACGAGAAAGGACUGCAUUCAAAUGAAUCUCGUCGAUUUGACAUGGAAUGCAAAUCACUACAGGAACACUUCAUAACUCGAAUGGGUAUCCAAUUCGACAAUUACGACGUGCUUGUCUAUUUUCGCACAUAUGCUGGCAGCAGCAUCGAGUUUGGGCACAAAGGUAACGUAAACAUGGUAGAUUCAUGGAGCCAUGCGGUCACUGCCUAUCCGGCACAGGGGAUUGUUACUGAUUUAAAUGUACGUGAAAAUAUGAAGCAUCAAUUUUCCAAGGUGGAGGAACUGUUUCCGGCUGGAUGUCAGGUGUUCUUCAUUGGGUAUCCUUACUAUGGAAGCGAAGGCUGCGUGCUAGAUCCCUUGCUUGUCUAUACCUGCGGUCGUAUACAAGUUAACAUUACAGUGCGACCUGAACCCAAUAUUUUGAGUGCACGUGCGCUGCAGGAGGAACGUGAUGCAGACUUCAUCAACAGCUAUGAAGUUUGCAAGCAGCUUAAUAUUAACUGCAAGUGUCUAGGGCGUCUCACAGGCACCGUUUGGGUAGUUCUCGGACCAAGGCGAGAAAAAAUGGAAAAUAUGGCCAAGCACAACAUCGGAUUGCAGUUGAAAUAUCCGCGCUGGAAUGAAGAGCGUAUCGGAUACUGUCGCCGUAUCAACAAUCAAUGGUUCUUUUCCAGCGUUGCGGUGGAUUUGAUCCGUGAGUUUUGCAACUGUUUUCCAGAUGUUAUUGACUACUUAAGCAAAAGCAAUGAACGUGGUGAAUAUGUGUUCGAGCAGGACAUUUACCCCGAUGCCGUAGGUCAGCACUAUGUUGAGGAUGUGGCGAAUUGGGUGCGUCAACAACCGCACAUGAAAGUAGAGCGUAUUGCUUGCGGCUCCAAGACAGUGUGUAAAGAAACAGUGGAGUUGCUAUUGGAUGCUGUAGAUGCACUAAAAGCGCUUCCCGUAAAAGAUGUCAAGCUUCAAGUGAAACCGCACCUGCUUAUAAAACCUAAUGUCACGCUUCCGGAUGUGUAUAAAUCUCGAAGCCCAGUACGUCUAUUCGACCGGGUCAUUGUAGUACGCACCAUUUUUAUGGUACCCGUGGGCAUUAAAGGCACAAUUAUCGGAAUCUAUCCCGUCUGCGACCCGAAUCCAGUGCGUUUGGAAUGUGUCCGUGCAGUGGAGACUUUCUGCGAGGUACUUUUCGACAAAAGUGUGCCUAAUUUUAAUGAUAUUCACGGUAUUGCCGAAGAGCGUGUAUACAAGGUGCCUGAAAGCGCGCUUGUCGUCAUAUAUAGUGAUGAAAAUAACAGCGUAGAGGCAGUGCCACCACAACAUAAAAAACACAACACCUCGAUUAAAACACAAGUGGAGGUACCACGCAAAGAACAACAAUUGCAAACAACAAAUCGAUAUCUCACCGCAGUGGGGACAAAAUUAAACCCAAUCACAAUGAAUUUGCAAAUAGGCGAGGAAUUCUUUACGCCACCACCUAACGUAGAGAAUUGGCGCACAGCACGAGCACAGCAACCUCAGCAAAGUCAGCGAAAGACUGCAGUACAAAAAACAAAUAAUACAGCAACACCAACUGCUAAGUCUAGUGCCCAAUUACAGGGUAGCGCUGGCACGGAGAAUUGGCGUUUACCGUUAAACCAAGACCGGCAGCAAUCAGUGUCCCUGCCAGUGCGCACCUCACAGGCGCAGACGCUAGCACUGAUGUCGCUUUUGCGGGUAGGGCAGGGCUCAUCAGCAUCACCUGCAUCACUGUCUGCCGUGUCGGCCAAUCUGCCUUCCACUCAAAUGCCUAGACUUCCACCGCCGCCUCCACGUUGGAAACAGGAAGCUCAACAGCUGCAGGGGAAGCAGGAAGAACCACCUGAAAACAUUAUUAUUAGUCAGUUAUCGACUCAGCAGCAACAACAAUAUGAAAUAGCGCCGCAAGCGAACAUAUACUCUGAAAUAAAAACAAGGGGAAGACAGCAACAAAGGCAGCUAAAUUAUCAUAAUCCUGACCAUCAAAAUCAGCAACCCAGUAAACAUCCUGGCAGCUAUAACAACAAGGGUAGUGACCACCUUCUCCAGAAUAAUAAUCGCAAUGAUAACAGCGGCAUAAACAAGACCUUAAACGUAAACUACAGCACCCGCCCACAGCUCCCACAGAUGGGAAAUAAUACAAGCAGCAAUUCUGUACGUUCAUCAUCCAUUCAAGGGUUUGUGCCUAUACAGGCUUACCGUCCGAAGAAGUCUCAAGCCGCAGAAAUAGUUAAUGCGGAACCAUCCUUGAUACAGUCCGUUGAGAGCAUUGAGGCCACGGCUGGAUUAAUGCAGGCCUUAAAAAUUGAGCACCCCACUCAAGUACAGCCACAAUUUUCAAAUAUCGUGAACCCUACCUCAGGAAGUACAGAUAAAGCAACAAAGACGCAACUAAAGCUACAACGUAAACCACGCAAGCCACGUAUAGGUGCCAAAUUUGAUUUGGACUACAUUUUACAUUGAGAUAAAAUUCAAUAAAUUUACAUAUGAGUGUGUACAAUAUAUUCAAAAAUACAUAUAUUUACAUAAAAUCAUA